UCAGUUAAUUCAAUUGAGUGAGGUCUUCUGGGCGUUGCUGAUCAAUUUUUCUGUGAAGAGAUAUUGGCAUCAGCAAGAUGUUGUUCCAUCUGACUGUCUUUCUAAAUUUUGUCCUGAUUUGCUGGAGUCAAACAAUCCCAAUAAUCUCUUACAUUUCUAAAGAUCAAGAGGUCAAUCUUGGAGAUACCCUUGACCUUCAGUGCAGUGCUAAAAAUGCCAAGGAUUAUAUUGUGUUUUGGCAGAAAGUGAAUCCCUCCGAACAACUCAUCUCAGGCAAAGAACUCUUAAUUGUCAGAGAUCCCAGGAUUACUAUCUACUACCAUUAUGAUGAUGAUGCAUGGGCAACGAUUGAAAUCAAAGACGUUACGGAAAAUCAUGCAGGAAUUUACAAAUGUUCAAUUUCUUCUGAGAAUACUCCCUCGGCAACUGUGGAACUUAGAGUGCGCAUUCCUCCUGAAAUCACGGAUAAUUCCACCAACUCUGUUAUUGCUAUCGAAGGAGAAUCUGUUGAAUUGAAAUGCUUUGCAAUGGGAUACCCACAGCCCAGAAUUUUCUGGCGCCGUGAGGACAAUGCAGUUUUACCUACAGAAGAAAGAUUUCAUCAUGGGAACGUUCUGAAAAUUAGUUCUGUGCGCAAGGAAGACCGUGGAACAUAUUUUUGCGUAGCUGAAAAUCUGGCAGGAAAAGUUAGACGAAGUGUUCAAGUAGAAGUGCUAUUUUCACCCUUGAUAACCGUUGAACAGGAACGUGUUGGUCAGGUACUUCAAUCCGAUGUGGAGCUCCAAUGCCAUAUUCAAGCCUCUCCACGAGCUGAGAUUGAGUGGAUGAAAGAUGGGAAUCUUGUGUACAACAAUAUGUACACCAGAAUCCUUUUCAAUUACACUGAGGAUGGUUCUGUAAACACCACUCUCAAAAUUAUGAAAAUUGAGAAGAGACACUUCGGAAAUUACAGCUGCAAAGCAGCCAAUUCUCUGGGCAGUAAUCUAAAAACUAUCAAUCUCUAUGAGACAGAUCACCUUGAAUCCUCUGAAAAAUGUGCAAAUAAAUCAGCACCGGAGAUCACAGGAAUAACAGAAGAACAAGUAGUUAUAAAAGUGGGAGGCAUGAUCAAGCUUCAAUGUUCUUCACAAUAUUCUCAUAAUGUUGUAGUGAUUUGGUCAAAAUUAUCAGUUACUUCCACUUCGCCACUUAACAAAUUAGAUUUUAUCAUUUCAUCUGGAAAUGUUCUUAUUGCCAAGGAUGAUCGAAUUUCUCUCAAUCACAACCAAACAUUUAACAGCAAUUCUCCUUUGCAACACUCAACAACAUCAACUCUUCAGAUCAAGAAUGCCCAAGAAACUGAUUCUGGGAAAUAUCAGUGCUUAAUUGCAUCUCCUGGUGGCAUUCCAGUUACCAGAGAUGUUAAGGUGAAAGUUAAUCCAGCUUAAGCGAAAAAUAAUCAUUUGGUAUGGAUUUUAAAAAUAGAGUUUUAAUCCAAAUAUAAAUCAGAAGAAAAACCUUCCGAAUAUCGUAACGUAAAUAGUUGAUCGUGCUAUAUUUAGCAAAAGAAAAUUGUGUCUCUAAGUUUUCAAGAUCACUCUGUUCGAGUGAACUUAGUGUAUUUCAAAAAUUAUUUUCCCUACCUCUACCUCAUAGAAUGUUUCAUAAGAUUUUAAAUGUUGAAGUAAAAGUUAAUAAAAUUACUAUUUUCAUAGAAUGUAUUUUACUGCUUUUUUUUUUUUAAUAAAAAUUGCAACAAA